GCUUGUUAUUUUCAUCUUGGCAAUACCAUGAACAAGACAUGGAAAGUCUUUUUCCAAGAAAUAAUGUUUGUGUCUUCCAAAAAAGUUAGUUCAAUAACGCAAAGCCAGGCUAAAUACAAUACAAGGAAGAAAAGCUACUUAGUUUUGUAUAUAGUAUAGAGUAGAUAUAAUGUUAGUUUUGUAUGCAUACAAAACGAACAAAUGAGUUAUUUGACUUUAUUUAUUUAACUCCAAUGUUGUACACGUUGCACAUGUUUGUCUCACGGGUGCUUUAGUUUUUCAGUAAGCUGAACUGUGAAACCAAACCAAUCAUCAACCAUGUCUCUGUUUCUUUCCUUUCUCCAUAUAGUCUUCUUAAUCUCUUCUAUCAUUCACACUGCUUACUCAUUUUCUGGGCUAAACUCUACAGAAGCUCAUGGUAAAGGCUACAUACAAGGGCUUGUUGUCGAAGAAUUCACUUUUCCUGCAAAAUCAUCAGUUCCCUUCAAUAGUUGUCAUGCUUCUACCAUUGUUGAGGUCAUUCAUUACAAAGUUGGGAAGGGUCAUUUUUUGGUUGCCUAUUUUGGAGGCACAUCAGAGGGUGCACCUGAUGUGAAAAUAUGGUUGCAGACUUACAAGAAUGGAAUAUGGCAAGCACCUGUAAUUGGUGAUGAAGAACCAAAUGUUCCUAUGUGGAAUCCUGUACUGUUCAAACUUCCAUCAAAUGUGUUACUCUUGUUCUACAAAAUAGGCCAAGAUUUUCAAAAAUGGAGUGGAUUUAUAAAACGCUCAUAUGAUAAAGGAAUUACCUGGACAGAAAGAGAACAACUUCCACCUGGUAUAUUAGGACCUAUAAAGAAUAAGCCGAUCUUGCUGGAAAAUGGUGACUUACUUUGUGGAUCUUCUGUCGAAAGCUGGAACUCAUGGGGAUCAUGGGCAGAGGUGACAACAGAUUUUGGAAAGACAUGGAGAAAGUAUGGUCCAAUUUAUAUCAAGAAUAAUCCUCUAGGUGUGAUUCAACCUGUACCAUACCAGACUGCAAAGGGGACACUGCGCGUCUUGCUUCGAUCCUUUACUGGAAUUGGUAGAGUUUAUAUGUCAGAAUCCUUUGAUGGAGGCAAAACUUGGGGGUACGCAGAACCUACACAGCUUCAUAACCCAAACUCAGGUAUUGAUGGGAUUAAGCUUAAAGAUGGUCGUCUAUUGAUUGCAUAUAAUACAAUUUCAAGGGGUGUGCUUAAACUUGCUCUCUCUGAGGAUGAUGGUGAUUCAUGGCACCAGGCACUUACAUUAGAGGAUACUGUGGGAAUGGAAUUUUCAUAUCCUGCUGUUAUCCAAGCUAGUGAUGGGAGAGUCCAUGUCACCUAUACAUAUAAUAGAACUCAAAUUAAGCACGUUGUUGUUAGGCCAAGGUGAUGCAGACCAACUUGUUUUUUCAGACAGAGAAGCAUAGAAAACUAUACAAUUUAUGCAUGCAAUUCAUAUGGCCUUUUUUUGUGAAUGAAAAGGGGGCAAGCCCCGACAAAAAGAAAAACGAAAAACUAGAAGCCUAUAGGAAAGGUUACAAAACUACGAUCAGCCAACAAGGCUUGCGACACAAUGCUAGGAACAAUUCCAGACGACCUCAAAUCAAAUUUUGCAAAAGCAUCUGCAACUUGGUUAGCCUUGCGAAAAAUAUGUUGCACCUUAUAACUCGACAAAUCUCAAACGCAAUCGGUGAUUUUGAGAAACCAAGAAGCAAUGACGACUUCUUCCACACCCCUUCAAAAUGAGCGAAAGAGCAGCUUGAGAAUCUGAUCCAACCACUAUCUUUCUAAAUUUAUACUCCAGAGCGCUUAAAGGCAAAAUGUAUAGCUCAAAGUUCAGCCACUGAUAGAACAAGCACCAAAAUUAGAUGACAAACCACACGAGUAAUUUUCGUCUUGAUCAUGGACAACCCCCACCACACGUUGCACGACCUCCAAAAUCGGUAACAGCGCCAUCUCCAUUAAAUUUAAGCCAACAUUCUUACAGAACCAACCACACACUGCUACUUAGACUCUCCACAUAAUUAUGAUGCAAAUUUAACUUCAAAUUUUGAUCAAUUUUUUUAAAAGGGGGUCAAGAAUGUUCUCCAUUCUUCCCCUUCGUAACUCAUAUCCAGUACUGUCAUUUGAUUGUAGAUAAUUUGUCUUACCAAUUAAGUUGCGCUUUAAAUUUAAACGAGAAUAGAAUGGUUAAAGAGAAGUUUGUCUAAAAGAAGUUCAACGAAAUAUAGUUAUACAUAAGUUAACUUUUGAGUUA